CCCCCGGGGCCGGAAGUGGCGGCGCGCGGGCUGCCGGGAGGGCGCGGGAUGGCGGCGGGCGGCGAGUUCGGUUCCGGGGCGUCGGGCCGGCUGGACCCGGGGGCGCUGAUGGAGCAGGUCAAGGUGCAGAUCGCGGUGGCCAACGCGCAGGAGCUGCUGCAGAGGAUGACCGACAAGUGUUUCAGGAAGUGCAUCGGGAAACCCGGAAGCUCCCUGGACAACUCGGAGCAGAAGUGCAUCGCCAUGUGCAUGGACCGCUACAUGGACGCCUGGAACACGGUUUCCCGCGCCUACAACUCCCGUCUCCAGAGGGAGCGCGCCAACAUGUGAGAGGUGGAGCUGAGGACUCUGGCCAGGACCCUUGGAGAGAGAAGCGAACUGUUCAUUGGCCGGGGUGAUAGCCAUUAAAAUGCUGGCCCAGGC